UCCAAUUCCUAUGGGCCACCCAAUCACAAAACGCCACGCCCGCAGUUUCCCUCUCCCCUCUGCUACAUAAACCCUCAAACCACCUACAAUUUGAGAGCAUUCAGAAGCCGAGAAUCAGGGAAAAUGAAGAAUACAGUGAAGAGCUCCAAAACGAAUGCUAAUUCCAAGUCCGAUGUCAGGAAAGAUAGGAAAUCUGCCACUGGCAUGAGUGGAUCGCCUAAGAAAGGAGGUCACGGCGGCAAGUUUACUUGGGCCGGCGAUGGGUAUUCCCAGGCUGAGAUCGGGCUCCAUGGGGAAGCUGUCGAUGUGAAGGACCCUAACUUUGAAGAUUCAGAAGAGACUGAGACUGUCUGAUUGCGAUGAUGGUGAUUGUCAUUAUUAUCAUGAUCUUUAAUCUUUUUGGUUUUCAUGAUAUGUAAAUAUUGCUGAUGUAAGGUGAUCCUCUUUCAAAAUAAAUUUGUUUUGGAAUUUCUUUUUAAA